AUGCCUAGCCUAAUAAUUGUAGAUGGAGGAAAAGAACAAGUUAAAGCUGUCCAAAAAGCGCUAAAGGAGUUAAAACUAUCAAUCAUUACCAUUGGCCUAGUUAAAAACGAGAACCACCGAACAGAAAAAAUAAUUACUAACAACCUACAAGAAUUAGAAUUUGGGAAACAAGUAAAAAUGAAAAAUUUCCUAACUAACUGCCAAGAAGAAGUUCAUCGCUACGCUCUUCAAGAAGGAGAUCCUGAUCAGAAAGAAGCCUUGGCUAACCAUAAGAAAGCACUAAGAAGUGCUAUUGAUGAAUUAAAAGCAAUAAUUUUGUCUAAAAAUGACUGGUCAAAGACUGCCUUACUUAUUAUAGAUAUGCAAGAAGGCUUUAGUAAGCAAGCAAGGAAAAUGAAAAUAAUUGAUCCGCUUCAGAAAGUGAUAGCAAUUUGUCGCCAAAAAAAAAUACCGAUAAUUUGGACGCAACACGGACACCGAGAUUUAGAGAAAGACGAACUUAAUCCUAAAAAGGAAGAACUUAUUAUUGGUAAAACACGUAGCGAUGCUUUCGUUGGAACUAACCUUGAAAAUUACCUGAAAGAGUUAGCAGAUUGUGAAGCGGCCAGUACAGAAAAAAUGCAGCAGGCCUCAUUGUUAAAUUUAGGGUAUGGAUAUGGUGUAAUUUACACAGCCGAUCAAUUAUCAAAAGGCAUUGAAGCAAACACAAACGAGAACAGAUUACAAAAUUUAGUUGAAAUAAUGGCAAUAGAAAAGAAAAUGAAAACAAAGUUUGCCGCUACUAGUCUAAAACCUAAAACUGUUAUUCAAGCCAUUAGCAACUAUUAUGAAAAUUAUUCCAUUAAUACUCAUAGUGAAGGUAGUAGUUUUUUAGCCCAAGUAGUUCGUCAAACCGUUCAACAAACCCGUCAAUUAAUCGCCCAAAAAAUCAAUGCUCGGAAAGAAGAAAUUAUUUUCUUUCCCUCUACUACUUAUUCACUAAAUAUCUUAGCCUUAUCUCUAAAAAAUUCUCUGCAAAAAGGAGACAAAAUUUUUCUAACUCAUUUAGAACACAGUUCUAAUUGUUACCCUUGGCAAGCCAUUGCUCAGGAAAGAGAAGUUCAAGUAGAUUUUUUACCACUAACCAAAAAUUUUGUAACCGAUAUUGACAAGUUAGAAAAAUGCAUUGAUAAAAAGACCAAAAUAGUUAGUUUUUCCCAUAUGAGUAAUAGUCUAGGAACAAUUAAUCCAGUAGCAAAAAUUACGCAAAAAAUUAAAGAAAUAAAUCCUAAUUGUCUAGUAAUAAUUGAUGCUUGUCAAAAAAACGACUUUUUACUACCCUUAACUCAAAAAUUUGAAGUAGGAACUUUACCAUUAGCCCAAAUAUUCGGUCUAAAAGCCAGUUUUGAAUUUCUUAAUAAUUUAGAUAUUAAAGCAGUUUCUACUUACGAAAAAGAGUUAAAAAAUUACGCGAUUAACGAAUUAGAAAAGUUAGAAAAAGUAACCAUUUAUAAUAAAAACUUGGAAACUAUUGAUAUUGUUCUUUUCAAUUUACAAGGUUAUCAUGCUCAUGAUGUAGCCGAUUAUUUAGGGAGAAAUAACAUUUUAGUACGAGCCGAACAAGUUCAAAUCCAAAAAGGGCAAUUAAAAAAAUUAGGACUUUUUACUAAUUAUGAAAAAUAUUAUCUUACCUUGAAUAAAAAAUACGAAGCCGAACAAAUUCGAGUUUUUGGUGAAAUGGUUAAAAAAGGCUUAAUUUACCAAGGAUUUCGCCCAAUUUAUUGGUCUUGCGGACAUGAAACCGCCUUAGCCGAAGCAGAAAUAGAAUACUUAGAAAAAAAAGAUACUUCUCUUUAUUUUAAAAUUAAGUUAGCAGAUAAUUUUUUUGGCAAAGAAAAGAAAGAUAACAAAAGAUAUAUUGUUGAUGGUAGUGAUUUUAUUGAGGAAGAAGAAGGCACUGGAAUAGUUCACUUAGCACCCGCUUUUGGAGUCGAAGAUUUUGCCGUAGCAAAAAAAGAAAAAUUAACAAUUGAUUGCCCUCUUGAACCUAACGGCUUAUUUAAUGAAAAAAUUGGAGUUCCGGAACUAGUUGGUAAACAUUAUUCAGAAGUUAAUAAAUAUGUUAUCACUGAUUUAGAGAAAAGAAAUCUAAUCGUAAAAAAAGAAGCCACAAAAAAAGAGUUAUUGGAAAAUAUUGAAAAGACUUCUGUUAUUGGUUUCGCAGCAUAUGGAGUUUACAAACUAUUAGAGAGUCUUGAAGAAAAAGAUAAAGUAAAGGUUAAAGAAGUAUUCAAAACAACUCAAGAAGGCUCAGUUAUUAAAAAGAAUCACUUAGUGAUCAAAGAAUAUUGCUCCCGAAGGGAUUAA